AAGUUCCCUUUCUUUCCGCAAUUGUGUCUGUGUAUUCUUUGUGUGGUAAGUCUUUAUAUGUUGUACUGGACAAAGGUAUCAUCGACUAUUGCAGUACUCAACUUGACAUCGUGUGUUCUGCUCAUACUUCCAUAUUUCACUCGUAAUUCGAUAUAUUCAGCAGAUAGGAUGAUGGUAGUAAACGCAAAAUUAGCUCUGCUGUUGGUGUCGGUAGCCGCGUUCGGUUACUUGAAGACUGCCUCAGCUUAUUCCGAAGGCGCACCUUUAGAAGUAUGUAGCGACUUGAUGCCCCAGCACGGACCUGAAGCCCAAACCAAAGAAUCACCCUACACUUUAACGCCCAACCGCAAGUCCGUGAAAGCUGGUGAAUCGAUAACGCUGACACUCGCCUCCAAAGAUUUUUCUAAAUUUAAAGGCUUCAUGGUCCAGGCUAGAGACAGUCGCGAUAAGCCCAUGGGUUCAUUCACUCCUCUGCCCGCAUCCAAGAACAAUUCCGAGUUCAAGGGCAAAUGGAAGCUCCUUAGUUGCCCCGAUGGGCCAUCCAACAAUACCGCAACUCAUGCAAACGCAGUCGAAAAAUCAAGAGUAGUUCUCACAUGGACCGCACCAAAAACUCUUGAAUUACAGAGUUUCAAAUUUAAAUUCACAGUCGCCAAGAAUGGUGGAGAAUACUGGGUUGGAAAGGAAACUGAAAGUAUUGCUGUGAGUCAAACCAAUCCAGGUUCCACUAAGAGAAACUAAUUGCAUCAGAAAACACAAAAUAAAAUCACCACCUAAAUUAUAAAUAAUCAUGAAAUGUAUAAUUUUUUAGUGUUAGUACCCGUUCAUUGUACUUUUUUUUUACAAGCAGUGAAUAGUGAUGAAAAUUGUCAUAUGAAUCAUACAUAAUAUUUAUAAUAUUAGUUUUAAGGUGUAUAAAUAAAUAAAUUAUAAGUUA